CUCAAAGUGGGGUUUGGAUGGCGAGCCGAGGCUAUUGGGACCCGGGGCCAUGAAUGAAUCCACACAGCAGUCCGCAAAGAAAUUCCGGAGAAUCAGCCAGCUCCUUGCUUUUGUUGGGUGCACCUGCGAUCGUUUGGCCCUUUGCUCAAGUGUGACAACUUCGCGUUCUUUGCCAGUAUUUGUAGGUUUGCCUAACUUGCAUUCAGCGGCAUGGUGCAGCGGCUUGCCGUGUUCCUGCUCCUGGCGGCGGCUUCGGCCAGCCGAAUGGUGGAGACUCACCUUGAUUUCCCUCGUCCCGAAGAGCAGGGUGCAGAGCCAUGGUGGCGCAAGUUGCACCGGCGGUGGAGAAAAGGAAAGAAAGGGGAGAAGUGCACGUGUGGUGAGGUGGACUGGAAGGAACAAGAUUGUUGUGGGCAUGACUUGAUUUGUGCAAAGAAGACUGGUACCUGCGAGCCAUCCUUGUUGUCUGAGUGCUUUGGAGACUUCGAGUGUGAGGCGAGCUCAGAGAACUAUGGCCGAGAGAUGGCGUGCAGUCGGUCCAAGGCGGAUGAUGUCGGGCGUGCAUAUUUUUGGGGACACAAGGACCGGGUCUGCUGUAUUCGUGGCAUCAGCCGCAAGGGACUGGAAGAGAAGAGCGACUCCGAGAUCUUGCGACACGAUUCUGUGGAUGGAAUACAGGCUUCGUCCUUGCAUUGCUGCUCCAUGGAACCAGUCCAUCUUACAUUCCUUGAUGGCAGAGUGGUGGAGUUCUGCAGCACAUAUGAAGAGGUCUAUCGUCCUCCUCCACCCGAGAGCACUACAUAGAGCCCAAGACAUACGCGCCCCCCCCCCCACCACGGCUGCGCUUGUUGGGAAGG